GAAACGAAUCAUUUUUCCUUUCAGGUGUUCGAUGAUGUGAUAACGACGGUGGAAGAAAAGCCGGCAGACGUGUCAGAUGCAUGCUCACGACUUACGUCGGUAGGAAAAAUGCAUAGGACUAAAGUCAGUGGAAUGGACGGUAGCCAGUUUCAGCAAAUGGAAGAGCCAUUCCUUCAUAUGAUUAGCGAAGUAUUACAGGAUCGUUAUAACGAUAAAGCGGAAAAUUUGUUUAGGAAAUUUUAUCAGUUCUGCCUCAAAUACAUUUUGGAAGGUUUUAAUUCUUAG